AUGCCGCACCCGCACUCCCGCCGCGCGCUUGCGCACAUCUGCGUCUACCUCCCGACCACCGCCGCGCAGCAGGCGCGCCUCGAGCCGCUCCUCGCGCCCAGCGAGCCCUUCGCGAUUCGCACGCUCGCCGGCCGCUGCUGCCCCGUGCGCGCCGAGAUCGUCUUCGUGCCCACCUCCGAUGACACCGGCGAGGACGCAUGGAACGACCACGGCAGUGACCACGGCAGUGACCACGGCAGUGACCCCGGCGACGACGGCGGCGCCGACGAGGUCUUCCACGACGCGGACGAUGGCGGCGCACGCGCGGAAGAGGGUAGCGAUGCCGAGACGCUCGCGGGCGACGCCGCCUUUGCGCGUCCCCCGCGCCUCGACGCGGCCUGGGAGUACAUCUUCAAGCGCCGCGAGCACGUCUGGGUCAGGAUGCUCUCGGGCGCGUGGGCGCCGGGCGUGGUCGCGGACAUCCCUGCGCACAUCGGGCCCGCGCGCAACGACUUCGUCGAGUGCGUCUACUACCCCGUGCACUACACCUACUGCCCCGGGCGCGGGCGCGCGCACAAGACCGAGCGCCGCUUCUUCGCGCCGCUCAACGGCGACAUGAAGCCCGACACGCCGCACUGCUGCGACGUGAAAAGGCAGUCGGCAGCAGUGUGCCGGCACUGUGUCGGGUCACGGCAAGGGGUGUUUUGCGUCGACAGACAAGGGCAGUCGGAGAGGGGGAGAUCACAGCCAGCCGCCUUCGGAGAGCAGUCUGCGCACCUCGGCGUUGUCGGGCUUGAUGUCGCCGUUGAGGGGGGCGAAGUAUCUCCGCGCGUUGUGGCCGAACGCGACGGGGAAGAACAGACCCUCCUUCUGUGCGCCGGCGGGCAGAUCCCGACGCGGAUCGCGCAUCAUGCAUCAUGCAUCACGCCGCGCGUGGGAAGACGCGACGUCAGCGGUGACAUCGCAUUGGCAAUGCGGACAUGGGCAGUAGAGUGGGGGUGGGACCGUGCAGCCGAUCGCGUCAGACAGUCGGGCAAGGAGGAAGAGAGAGGCGACCGACCUCGCGCGUCGCGCCUUUGCGGGUGUUCGAGCCGGAGACCGUGCCCUGUAUCCACUCGCCGUCCUCGGUUCUUACCCACACCGCGUCGCCAUUCUGUGGCGGAGGGCUCGCGUUCAUCGGGGACGUAUGCCGCCGAGGAGGGGGUGUCCCCGUCGAGAUCAGACGCGUCCCCAGAGCUGGAGCUGGAGGUGGCGUCGCUCGAGGCGCGCUUGGCGGGUGGCGGCGCUAGUUUCGGCUGGCGGCGGGUCACUCGCGAUUGCUUGGAGGUGGACGAGAGUGGUAGUGGCGGCAUCGUGGGGCGGUGUAUUGGUAAACUGUGGCGGGGGCGGGAAGGCCAGGAAGGGCAGGGCACCGGCCAAGCCUGGGAGCGUCGCUGUGUGCACACGUGCUAUGGCCCGACUUCCCGUGCGCGUUCCUACGAUAAUUGUGGUGGUUCGGUUGAUGCGUGA